UCGACUAAACCAACUCCUCUUCAAGCCAACAAUUGUUUCUCUGUUUUUUCCCCAUCAAUCGACUCUCUUGAACACCACGAGAAGCAGCAGGGCUCCCGAAUCCGCAAAUACGGCGUCACAUUUGGCCUUUACGGAAUCGUUGGUUUAGUUCCUCUUUGCCCCCCGCGCAUAUUUCGUCCGUCGUUACUCGACAGCCUCAACGUAGCCUGUGCUCUCCAGCCCUUGCUACUAGCUAGUGGUACUGUACCUCGUAGCCCUGCCAACAGCGUUCUUAGUCCCCGCCCAGCAUGGUGUCUCUCCGUAAAACCACUGUGUUUCUUCUAGCGCUACUCUCCGCCGCACUCUACAUGUCCCACGUGCACGCGGUGCGCACGGCGGAGGUGCGGAAGGCCAGCGACGGCAUCAAGCAACGGCCGCAAUUCAAGGCCGUCCACGAUCUGAUCGACAAAUACCUGAAAUCCCUCAUCCCGCUCUCCGACGUCACCAUCCUAGUUCCCGCCAACAUAGCAGUGCUGCGCAACUACAACUCGGAGCAGCAGGCCACGAUCAUCUCGUACAACACCAUCGCCACGCGCUACCUCUACCGCAACCUCACCGAGAUUCCCGGCGGCACGCUGCUCGACACCAUCGACACGAACCAGAUCACCAAGCGCGGCCCCAACUUCCAGCCCUUCGUCGCCUUCAAAGGCGCCGCCGCGCUGCCGACCGUGCUCGUCGUGCCGAACCUGUGGGUAGGCUCGGACUUCACUAUCCAGGGCACCAGCACCCUGCUUAUUCCACCUGGCAUCUAGAUUGAGAAUUUGGCGUCUAAAUAGUACGUAGCUGCAAUACCAGCGCCUGUAACUACUGGGGUGCGGUGCAGAGUGGUUGGGUGGCCCUUGCUCUGGAGGCACUGCGUCCACCUGCUGGCCGAGUCGGCCGCCUCUAGAGCAAUCUUCACCCGGCCGUUUAACUGCGGCAAGCUGUCAAUUCCUGGUUGACGCUGCAGAGUAUCUUUGCUGUCAAUAUAUUGCCGGCUGCUUCGUGAAAUAUAAUAUGUGAGAAGGUCAGAAAUUAUUCCACAUGAACCAUGC